AUUUUCGCAAACGUACGAUUAAUUGAUACCGUCUGCGGAUAACAUAUUGAUUCAAGUUUUAUCCGUUAUUGUAACCUUGAACUUGACUAGCGUAUUCGUUGGUCCUGGGGAGUGUCUGAAGGCCUGUACCAAGUGCUACUGUUGAUCCAUGUAACAUUUUUCUAUCGUUUUUAUUAAUAACACACAAUUAUGGAUCCCGCGGUCUUCCCGGAAGAGAUUUGGAUUAAGAUUUUAUUAUACUGCGAUGUACCUGACAUUAUCGCUUUCGGUAGCACCUGCAAAUAUUUAAGGAAAACGUCGGACACGGAUUAUCUGUGGAAGAUGAAAUGGCUGCAGUUGAUUUCAAAAGUACAUUUUAGAUUCCCAGAUAUAAAAUGUCUGCAAUUACUCAGCGUCAGCUUCAAAGCUAUGUGCUACAGAUUGCAUAUGGUAAUAACAUUGGGCGAGAACGCACCUUUUCCGAAAUGUUACCACUGCAGUGGCUACACUUGUCAGAGAAAUUGCGUAGAAGGUUCCAGUGCUAAAGUGGUGAUCGAGAUUGGCAAUAAGUAUACAUGGGUCAUCACGCCAAACUUUGGAUUAAGGAGGCACUUCUCGAUGUUUGGCAUUCCAAAGUAUAACAAUAAAACUCAUAUGGAGCAAGUGCAGACUCAAAAUGCUCCAAGCAGCAGCACACGCUCCAAGUCUGACACAAAGUCGCUAGCAAAAAGAUUGAAAUUAUUAAAAUUAUCGGAAUUGGCGACCGCUAAGAUUCCACGGCCAAGCGGACCGUUCUGCGUUUUCUGCAAUCCUGUGAAACUGUACAGGGAAAAGCGCAGAUUAAUCACGCAUCAAAAUGAUCCCAUGUGUUACACCAGACCGAACCCUAUUUAUCAGAAGCUCAUAAACGGCUACUGCACUGACACAGUUGACGUUUUCGGUAUUCCAAAUGUGGAUGUUGUAAGCCCGGCAGAGGCAUUAUUAUGCGAGGGCACGUUUCCAGUCCUCAAGACCUUUAUCGAUCACUUGUUUCAUCAAAUGAGCUUGACCGCAACGCUGAGAAAGCCGAACACUGUACUCAUGUUUUGUGAACCAUUGGCUAUGCAUCCCACAUUGAGAAAACAAUUGUUACAUUAUUUAUUCCAAGAAGUUAAAGUAGCGAGGGUAUGUCUGGUACCGAAACCUCUAGCAGCAUGUGCUAUGUUGGACGUGGAAACUUGCGUCGUAAUCGACAGCGGUGCUCUUAGUACAACGGUAGCAGUCGUAAUCGGAGGACGGGUUAUACCGCAACGUUGGAGAUUGCUGCCCGUGGGUGGUUGGCAUGUUGCUUAUCACUUAAAGCAAGCUAUGCACUGGCAACCAAAAGAAUAUCAUCAAAUUCCUAUAUCCUACUUGGAUGUUUUGGCUGUUAAAGAAAGAUGUAGACUGAGCUAUAACAUAAAAAACGAAGAAAAACGCUUUGGACAGAAGGCGAGAGAACAUAUUAAUCUUCGAGUUGAUAGUUACGCGGAUUAUAAACAAUUUUGGAGAGUUUCUCUAGGGCCAGAGUUGUAUAUAGCUCCCGAAAUGAUGUACAUCAGCCUCCGUUUGCCCGAAGUUAUAAAAGAUGUAACGUCAGGAUUAUCGGAAGAUAUAAUGCACGAUUGCCUUUCACAUAUUCUACUUACUGGCGGAAAUACGGAUCUUUCGGGUUUCGAAUUAAGGCUUACCAAGGAUCUACGUGAAGUGUUGCCAGAAUAUAGCAACAUUUUAGAAGUGAGGAGCUGUCCUGGAACGCAUAGUUGGAAUGUCGCAAUGGGAUCUACAUAUGUGCCUUUAGCUGUGCAUCCUGAUAAAACCCCGCCGGAAUACAUUGAAGGUAAUCCAUUUUGGUUGUCACGAGAAGAAUAUGUGUUGUUCGGAUGUGAAUCUCUGGAACACAGUAAUGAAGGUAUAAUAGCUGAUACCUUAUAAUGUGAAUGCCUCACUUAUUAAAUAAUUAAUUAUAAGAUGCACGCGCGUGGUCGCGCGCAUCUUCUAUUUAUAUAAAAAUAAUAUGUAAUGACAGGAAAGUAAAUGUUACCAUCAUUAAGUAUAUUUUCUCUUAUAUUGUCUAUAAAUUGCAAAAGUAAUUUAGAUAGCUGAGAAGGGGCCUCAAACAUUCCAAAAUAUAACUAUCAUGUUCACUAUCUAAAGGCACCUGAAUAUGUUUCUCUCAAAUUUUGCUAUUUAAAAUUUAUUUAUUAAUAUAGUAUGUGUAAAAAGUAUAUAGCAAAUGUUCCAUUUUGAUCUACACAGAGUGAAAUCUGUACACCAAACAAAACAGGGCAUAUGGAAGUUUAUAUUCUUUGGGUUUUGCGUUUUGAAUAAUAUUGCCCUAUUCUAGAUGCAUUAAAAGUCGAUUCUUUAAGCUCACUUUGAUUUUAAAAGAAAAGUAUAUUGUAAUAGUAUAUAUUGAGAUGAAUUUUUUUACACACACAUAUACACAUAUAUACAUAGAGUGACUGUUGUGCUUAUGUUUUAUAUAAAAAAAUGUUUUAUUGUGUAGAUUGUAAGGAACAUCUUGUAUAUAUGCUCUAAAACUGCCCCUCCCCCCCCUUCGUCCCCUGUAUUAACUUUGAAACUUAUAGCAUUUAAAUUAUCAAGCAUAUUACAUAAAAAAGAUUCAUUACCUAUUCAUAGUAUUUUAGAAUAUCAUGAAGCUUUAUAUAAAGCUAGUUGAUAUGCCAGCUGCAAUGGUUUCAUACAUUUGUUAUUCUAAUUCUAUCAGGACUAUCAUUCUGAUACUAUUCGGUGCAGUGUUACAUGUUGAUGGUGUAAAUGUUUUAAAGCUGCAGUAAUAUAAGAAAUUUGGUGCCAUCUGAGCAAUUUUAAAUUAUAAAGCUAUUACGUUUAUGUACAUGUAGCACAUAAUGCAAUGAGUUGUUUUGUAAAUAUAGUAUAUAUAAUUGAGCGCUGCUUAAAUUAAAAUUGUACAAAUUUUAAUAAUGUAAACGUCAAACACGUAUUAUAUGCAGUUAGAUAUAGAAUAUUUCCAGAAAUUGUUCACUAUUUCGUACAUUUAUAUCACAGAAAUCUUGCCAAAAAAAGUAUGUGUAUGUUAACAA